ACGAGUACAGUUGCGAAUCCGGAGCAGUCCAUCGAUCCGCACUAGUGCAGUCACAGCAGUAUCCGUCCUUGGCCAUCGUGCCACCCCAGUUCAGUCACAGCUAUCUUCGAUUACAACGAAGAUAAAAGGCAGCAAGCCAUUCUAGAUAGUUUCUAUAUGUACUACGUACUCGUCUACUGCUGAUAGGAUCAUAUAGCAGUUAUCUUACUCCAAACACCGCUGCAGUUUUGGAGUUGUGACAGUCCACUGCCGAAUGCCGAUGGAGAGGAGGGCAAGGAAGAGUGGGUCUCUAGCCGGUGGAGGAGGAGGGCGGACGCGCGGCGCCGAGGGGAAGCGGUUUAUGGCGCCGGAAGGGCAGCAGAGAGCGCCCGCCGCGACGGGGGGUUACUUCACGGCGGAGCUGGCCGUGUUGUUCCUCUGUCUGACCGCGCUGCUGGUGUUCUUGCCGCUGGUCCUGCCGCCUCUACCGCCGCCGCCGUCGCUACUGCUGCUGGUCCCGGUCGGGCUCAUGGCCAUCCUAAUCGCGCUGGCGUUCGUGCCGACGGAGGGCCGGAACAGCAUCGCCUCGUCCUGCGCUUGAAGAGGACGUACGACGCGCUUCGACAGGAGGAGAACUGCUUCGCUUCUUUUUUUGUUUUUCGUUUUUUUACAGUAACCUGAUCCAUGUAGGCAAAUCGAUUCGUGGGCUACCAACCUGACGAAAUACCUGAAUUCUGGGUAAUUUUGGUGUGUACCGAAA